CUAUUAUAGUUACAACGUUUCGCCCUCACCUUUCUAUUUUAAAAUAAUAAGGAAUUGUCUUUACUACAAUUUCGUUGAUUUGUAAGCUUCAAUAAUAAACAAUUAUACUAACAAAAAUUAAUACCUAGAUACAUUACUAAUAAAACUAUCUAAUACAAAUAAAUCAUAAAGAAAAAAUGGAGCCCAAGUCGAGCUUGACUCCAAUCCUGUGUCGCAAUGGCUGUCGAUUCUACGGUUCACCAGAUACCGAUGGCCUCUGUUCUCUAUGUUUCAAAGAAACCAUAAAAGAUAACCAGCAAUCGACAGUUAAUUCAGAUUCAGAAAUAAUAUAUGAGAAUUCCGAUCAGUUGCCAAGUUCGCCCAGUAAUAUUGUUUCUGCAAAUACGUCUAUCGAAUCUACUAUUUCUACGGAUUCACAUCGUGCCACAGAAUUAUUAAAUUCAAAAGAAAUCAACAGUGAAGUAAAAGUUAGUGAUAUAGUUAUUAAUAGUGACGUAACUGAGUGUUCAGCCCAAAAAGUUGAUUCAGAUAAUUGCGUUAAUGAAAACAGAGCCCGUAAAAAAUCUAAAAAGCCUAGAAAUCGUUGCGCUGAAUGCCACAAGAGAACAGGUUUAGUGGGAUUUGAUUGUCGCUGUGGUGGACUUUUCUGCUCUACACAUCGAUAUAGCGACAUGCAUGAUUGCAAAUUUGAUUACAAAAAAAUGGGCGCUCAAGAAAUCCGAUCUCAAAAUCCAGUUGUAAUCGGCGAAAAAGUCAGAAAAAUUUAAACUAUUUAAGCGCAUGUUUAAAAAGGAGAGACCCGCAAUAUUUUAGUUUCAUAUGAUGUUUACGCUUUCAAGAUAUCAAAAGAUACUUCUAAAAAUUUGUAGCAGUCAACAAAUACAUGAGAAAUUCCUAGUUAGCACGAGUCAUAAGAUCGCGUUGAUUACGUCCCCACCCUUUGUACACACAAACUGUCGCUACUACUGAUUGAAUGAUUUAGUGAGAUCUUCGGACUGAUGCGCAAUAAUUUUUUCGCAUUGCCGAUGUUGUUGAAAGAGUGACCAAACUUGAUUAUUUAGAAGAAGCAAAAGUUGUAACAAUGUUCAUAGUAUGAAUUAGGAUGCGAAGCAAAAAAAUUUUGAAUGAACCAUUUUCACAAGCAAUACAAGGGAAAUUCCUAGUCAGCACGAGUCAUAAGAUCGUGUUGAUUUCAUCCCUAUCUUUUGUACACACAAACUGUCGCUACUACCUAUUGAAUGAUUUAGUGAGAUCUUCGGACUGAUGCGCAACAAUUUUUUUGCAUUGCCGAUGUUGUUGAAAGAGUGACCAAACUUGAUUAUUUAGAGAAAGCAAAAGUUGUAACAAUGUUCAUAAUAUGAAUUAGGAUGCGAAGCAAGAAAAUUUUGAAUGAACCAUUUUCACAAGCAAUACAAGGGAAAUUCCUAGUCAGCACGAGUCAUAAGAUCGUGUUGAUUUCAUCCCUACCCUUUGUACACACAAACUGUCGCUACUACCGAUUGAAUGAUUUAGUGAGAUCUUCGGACUGAUGCGCAACAAUUUUUUUGCAUUGCCGAUGUUGUUGAAAGAGUGACCAAACUUGAUUAUUUAGAGAAAGCAAAAGUUGUAACAAUGUUCAUAAUAUGAAUUAGGAUGCGAAGAAAGAAAAUUUUGAAUGAACCAUU